GAGUCCCCUUUAGGACCCCGAAUGGUGCAAAAUUAACAUUUUUGUGAAUGUUUGUCAAUGAAUAUUUCGCAAGCGCUAGCUACCACGUAGUUCUACGCUAUGCUAGUUGAUAGGUAAGAUAACUAAAACAGUAAGAACGAGAUUUGUUUGAUUUCACUACCAAUAGCCUCAUAUACAUACAGGCAUAGCAAGCGCUUAAUGCAAACUACGUUAAUGGUCAUUUUUACAAAGUUCUAGUGACAUGUAUCGUACUGUAAUUUUGUAACGAUUCCAAUCAGGCGCUAAAAGAUUAGUCAAAUAGACUUUCUUUCAGCCAAUAGAAUCACUCGGGGUCCAAAGGGGACGGAAUUUGACGGGGGACUCGAUUCCACUUGAUCGAGUCCAAUGUUGUAAAAUCGGGAUAAACUGGAAGUGGCGUCAGUUUCGCGUAUGCGCAGAACAAAUCUGGUUUCCGGGUAGGAUCGGGUAGCGACAGGCGUUCUGCACGACCCCUGAGUGUUAAAAUUGUUUCAGGCGCAGACGUAGACACCUAUUGGGGUCCUCUUCAGCGCUUCUGCAUUGUUAAGACUAAACUCGCGGAACUGCUGCUAGAGUUACCGGGACCGUCUGUUAUACCAGGAUAAAACCACAUCUUAGUAACUGAAACCCAACUGCAUCAUAUAAAGAUUUAGUUCAAUACAUCGAAAGUCAAGAUGCCAUCAGUGACAACUGGCGACAAUGCUGUUAACUCAUCCAGUCCAGAUUUGGCCUGGGCACCAUCUGAAACCCUCAAGCAAGUUCUUGUUAUCAUUGACAAGAAGGUUCGCAAUAUGGAAAAGAGAAAGAGCAAGUUGAAUGAUUACCAGACCAGGAAGGACAAAGGAGAACACCUCAACCAGGAUCAGCUGGAAGCUCUGUCUAAAGCUCAGGAGGUGACCCACAACUUGGAGUUUGCUCGUGAGCUUCAGAAGAGCUUUAUGGCUUUAAAUGUUGAGAACCAGAAAUCUGUAAAAAAGACGUUGAGGCGCGAGCAGUUGAAGAGGGAGGAGGCGGAGCGUAGGCGACUGAAGGCGGUGCUGGAGGUGCAGUAUUUGCUGGACCAGCUUGGAGAGGAAAGCGUGAGGCGGGACUUGACUCAGUCUGAGAACCCUCUACUUACAGAAACGGAGCUUACCAGCCUGGACGAGUUCUACAAACUGAUUGGACCGGAGCGGGACACUAAUGUGAGGUUGGCAGAGCAGUUUGAUGAAGCGUCCGUACAUUUGUGGGAACUUUUAGAAGGAAGGGAUAAAGCUGUGGCAGGAACCACAUACAAAGCCCUUAAGGAGACCCUGGACAAAAUGCUGCUAAGUGGGUACUUUGAUCGUGCUCAAACACAUCAAAAUGGAGUGUGUGAGGAGGAGACGCGGACCGCCGUGGUGGAAUCGCAAGAGACUGAGAAUCGGCCUGCUGAGCCAGAGGUAUCUGCUCAAGAAUACACAGAAACCAUUGAAGUUGAAGCAACAGAGUUUGUAAACAGACAGUUUAUUCCAGAAGCCGCUUACAGCAGCAGUGAGAAUGAACAAGGAGGAGAGUGGAACACAAGCCUUCAGGCGGUAAAUACCCUUCAGCAACCACAGCAGCCACCUGCAGCCAUGAGCCCAGCUCUGGUCAGCUCAGAACCACACACACUGGAUGCUGUCCUGACUCCCCCUGCAGACCCUGUGGUCAGGAAACAGGUGGUGCAAGACCUAAUGGCUCAAAUGCAGGGUACCUUCAACUUUAUGCAGGACUCCAUGCUGGAGUUUGAAGGACCUCCUUUAGAUCCUGCCAUUGUGUCUGCACAGCCCAUGAUACCUGCACAGAUGGUCUGUCCACCAGAAUCCAGACUCCCCCAACACAACACACUUCCUGUGCAGCCAGAACCCACACAAGUUCAGAUGGUCUCCCCUCCAAAAGAAGCCUUCGUCUCCACACCCCCCCACUAUCAGCCCCCUCACACCUCAGAACCUCGACCGCAGACAGACUCCAUCGACCCCAUCCAGGUCUCCAUGCCCCUGUCGUCUGAGCAGCCCCCCACCCCUUCCUCUCAGCCCCAGGUGUUUCAGCCUGUCUCCAAACCACUUCACAGCGGCAUCAACGUUAAUGCAGCUCCAUUCCAGUCCAUGCAAGCGGUGUUCAAUAUGAACGCCCCAGUUCCUCCAAACAAUGAGAUGGAUUCACAGAAUAUUUCCAACCAAUACCAGACUAGCUACGACCAGGGUUUCAGCACGCAGGCCGCACUUCCAGCUGAGCAACAGGAAUUGCAACAGGAACCCAUGCAGUCAGUUGUCGGCCCUUUCCAUUCCCAAGACCAAGGUAUUCCAUCUGCGGGCGUACACCAGUCUGCUCCUCAGCAGUCCCCUGGACAAGGUUUUGGCCGGCCUGGUCAGUCCUUUUACAGCAACAGAGCAAUGACGCGCGGUGGACCCAGAAAUGCCAGAGGGGCUUUGAAUGGCUACCGUGGACCAUCAAAUGGAUUUAGAGGUGGAUACGAUGGGUAUCGAGCACCAUUCCCCAACACAGGAUAUGGGCAGACUCAAUUCACUACUCCUCGAGAUUACUCCAACAGCACCUACCAACGGGAUGGAUAUCAGCAAAACUUCAAGCGAGGACCUGCACAGGGACCUCGAGGUUGCUCUCGAGGGCGAGGGGGAUCUUAUCGGGCGAGCAGAGGAAUGGGUCCCAUGGCUGCACAACAGACCAGCUAAACCCUGUGCUUUAGCCAUUAUCAGCCCCUUUCCACCUUCUUACCUCUUUCACCCAUCAGGACUCCCAAACACAAUCUGUGACACUCCAGACCUUGUAGUUAGAUGACAACAUCAUAGCGAAUAAGGACAUAAUCAAUAGAUUUCAAUGGAAAACCCACUAUCAAUGAGACUAUAGCGCUGUAGAAUUGUAAUUGCUCAGAACUCUCAAAGCUUUCUCCAGAGCAUAUGCUAUUGACAGCCUGUAAGCAUAUUGAGACAGAACAUGUGCCUUUGAUUUUGUGUGUCUGGGUUUUUGUUGAACUUGGUGGGAAUGACUCGAAGUACAUGACAUAGCAGGGAACAGCUAUUCGAUUUUGAAUGUGAAGCACACCACAUACCAAAGGCACUUUGAUUUUGGCCAAAUGAACUGUUAAUGUGAAGAAUUAGCUCAUAUCUACUGUUUUGUAACAUGAUUUUCUUUUUGGCUCCACCAAAUGGUUUACAAGAAAUGUAUUACUGUACAUGGCUGAAUGACUGCUUCAAUGUAUUUCCCUCGAUUACUGUUAAUGGUAACAAAUAAAUGGUUUUUCGU